AUGGAGUUCCCCAGAACUUGGUUGACCAGUCAUUUGUCUGGAGCAAGCGGUUCUUUGACAUUGCCUUUGCAGAAUAAAAUGAAAUGCCCACAUCCACCAUCCCCGUGCCACCAUACCGGGUAUUCGAAUGUUGGACAGGAAAAAGUCUCACAACUAGGACUGGAGCCAGAGCGGGAUCUCGUGGUCAAUGCCCGUAAACACCCAGACGUCAAGGAGUCAUUCGAGAUGAACAACGAGAAAGACACCCUAUACUACAAUUUCUGGCCGGAGGAGAGCGACAUUCCAGGAUUCAGGGAAUUUAUGGUGGAGUUUUGGAAAACAUGCGAAACCACCAGCAAGCACAUUCUAGAAGCUAUUGCGCUUGGAAUGGGGCUUGAGGAAGACUAUCUGGUAAAAUACCAUUCCGACGGUAUCAAUCAGCUACGUUUAUUGCACUAUCCACCAACAAAACAGGUGGAGCUUGAAACCGGCGAAAAGGAACGGAUCGGAGCACAUACAGACUUUGGCACACUGACCAUGCUGUUUCAGGACUCUACAGGCGGUCUAGAAAUUGAAGACCCUCACUCGAAAGACAGGUUUGUGCCAGGACAUCCAAUUCCAGGAACGGUAGUGGUCAAUAUCGGCGACUUACUCAUGAGAUGGUCCAACAAUCGUCUGAAAAGUACACUACAUAGAGUUCGUGCUCCACCGGGUACGGCUCAAUCUGGAAUCUCCAAAGCCAGAUAUUCAAUACCCUAUUUUGUCAAUCCCAACCGAGAUGUGGCAAUCAGCUGUCUUCCGGGAUGCUGGUCUCCUGGAGAACCCAAAGUAUAUGACUCAAUCAACGCACAACAGUAUAUAGAACAGAGAAUGAAUCCUACAUACUGA